AUGACAGAAGAGAAAAAAGCCAUCCCCGACUACGAGCUCAGCAAGCAUCUGUUUGUGCUGCGAAACCCGUCGCUCAAGGACCUUCAUCCCGAGGCCAAGGAGGCCCUCAUGACGGCCAUCUUUGAUCGCAACCUCGCUGGCGUCUACAAGUCGCUUUACAACUUUGACCAGAGCCAGAGCACAGAAACGUCUGGAGGCGUCGUGGUGGAUGUUCCCGAAGACCAGCAGGGCCAGAUUGGCCACGAGGGAGAGAGCCCCUCCGAGGACGUUGAUAUGGAGGAGGUCAAGGCCGAGGUGGCCGAUGGCAAGACCGUGGAGGAGGUGGAGGAGAAGAUUGUGGAUAGCAAGCCGCAGCCCAUCACACAGAUCAUCGUGCCUGCCAACACUCCGUCCGAGUCGUUGGCUCAGUCCGUGCCUGCUUUCUCCAAAGCCAAGUACGACAAGAUGGUGGCAGCCAAUGACGCACGCGUGGCCGAGCUGAGAGAAGCCAUUGCCCAGGUGGAGAAGGACGACGGCGGAGAACUGGAGCUGCUGCAGGCCCGAGUCAAGCUUGGAGAGUACUACGCCGAGAUUGGCGACCGGUUCAACGCCAUCCUGACCCUGCGAAAGGCCGCAGAGACCACCUCUACUGGUGCCAAGAUCGACAUCCUAUUCACCAUUGUGCGCCUGGGCUUCUUCUACCUCGAUUGCGCCUUUGUGGGCCGAGAACUGGAGGCCGUUAAAGUGCUUAUCGAACGAGGAGGAGACUGGGAGCGACGAAACAAGUACAAGACAUACUGGGGCCUGCACUGUCUGUCAAUCCGAAAGUUCGAGGAGGCUUCCUCGUGUCUCAUUGACUCUUUGUCUACCUUCACCUCUGUUGAAAUCGCCUCCUACGAGGAGAUUGUGGAGUAUGCUAUCAUUGCUGGAGCUGUGGCUCUGGAUCGAGUCGAUCUGAAGCGAAAGAUCAUCGACUCACCCGAGGUGCUGUCUUUGCUGCCCACCACCCCUGCUCUUGGUCCCAUUGCCACUCUCACCAACUCGCUGUACACUGCUGAGUACUCUGUGCUGUUCACCUCUCUGGCCCAGCUUGAGACCCAGUCUCUGCGACCAUCAAAGUACCUGGCACCCCACAGAGCCUUCUACGUGCGGGAGAUGCGACGAAAGGCCUACGCACAGCUUCUGGAGUCUUACAAAACGCUGUCUCUCAAGAGCAUGGCCAAUGCAUUUGGAGUGUCGUCCCAGUUUCUGGACAACGACCUCUCUAAGUUUAUUUCUCAGAACAAGCUCAACUGUGUGAUUGACCGGGUCAACGGUAUCAUUGAGAGCAACCGACCCGACUCCAAGAACGCCCAGUACCAGGCUCUGAUUAAGCAGGGAGACGCUCUGUUGACCAAGCUGCAAAAGUACGGUGCUGCUGUUCGACUGAGUGGUGCUGAGAAGUAA